ACAGUCCACUCUUAGCGGCUCGCUACAAAGUAUGCCGAUUCGAACUUGGAACUUUUGAGUCGUGCUUCCGGUCUGUGCAACGGCUUCCUGUUUCUCCAACGUGCGUGGCUACGGAAUUUUCAGAAUGAUGUACGUUCCUGUGUUGUUCCUGAUGUUCAGCGUGGCGCUCUGUGCUCCCGAACACGUGGCGGGCGACGGCGAGCAUUCGCCCGAGCGUUCGCCCGAGCGUUUGCCGGCGAGCGAGCACAUCCACGAACGAGCAUCGUUGAGUAAGCGGUCGCCGCAAUACGACUUUGGACUCGGCAAGCGAAUGUACAGCUAUGUGUCCGAAUAUAAACGACUGCCUGUCUAUAAUUUCGGCUUGGGCAAAAGAUCACGGCCCUACUCCUUCGGUCUUGGCAAGAGGUCUGCAGACGAGGAUGCGCCGUCUGAUGAUGAGCUGGUCAACAACAUCGACCAGGAAGACUUGACUGAUCUCAUCAACGAGUACGAAGAUCCAGGUUACGAAGAGAAGCGAGCUCGGCCCUACAGUUUCGGACUAGGCAAACGAUUUGACGACGACAUCGAUAUAAGCGAAGAAAAACGCGCUCGCGGCUACGACUUUGGACUUGGCAAGCGCGUCCCGCUCUACAACUUCGGACUGGGCAAGCGAGCGAAGAGCUACAACUUCGGUCUCGGCAAGCGUUUGAGCAAAUUCAACUUCGGACUUGGCAAGCGACAGCGGGACCUGCAUCGGUUCAGCUUCGGACUCGGCAAGCGAUCGGUGGACCUCGGGGAUGAUGAAAACGAUGAUAUUAUAGACGCGUAAACGACGUUGUUUGUUCUUGUACAUUUGUUAAUAGGGGAAAACCGAUCCGUUUGUUAUUUUUUCUAGCUCUUCUUAGUCUUACACAACUGAACUAUAUAUAUUAUUAUUUUAGAUUAAAUUUUAAAACUUGUACUCCGAGAUAACGUUAUGUUAGCAGCUGCAUUAGUUUUCUUGUGAAAAAUCCAGCCAAUUUUCACAAGAAAAUUUACAGAUUUUUUAUCAGUUUACUCAUUAAAAUAUCCAUUUUG